AGGCUCCAGCUUGUCCAGCAGCUGCAGCUGUCUUCUGUCAGUUCCUCCCUUCACUGAACAUGGCCACAGCUGGUAAGGUGAUCAGGUGUAAGGCAGCAGUGGCCUGGGAACCAAACAAGCCUUUGACAAUUGAAGAGAUUGACGUCGAACCGCCGCAGGCCAACGAGGUCCGCGUCAAGAUCGUGGCAACGGGUCUCUGUCGUACUGAUCUCUUCUACCUGGAUGAGACUGACAAAAAAGACAUCUUCCCAAUGGUUCUCGGCCAUGAGGGAGCAGGCAUUGUGGAGAGCGUUGGCCCUGGAGUCACGGAAUUUCAGCCAGGCGACAAAGUUAUCCCCCUGAUCAUCUCCCAGUGUAGAGAGUGUCGCUUCUGUAAGAGUCCUAAGACUAACCAGUGUGAAAGCGCAUGGGAUGUUGUUCCUCACAAUGUGAGCAAAGCACCUGUCUCCAAGUUAAACUGCAAGGGAAAGAAGUUGCUGCAGUUUAUGGGAAUCAGUACAUUCUCACAGUACAGUGUGGUUAACCAGAUUGCUCUGGCCAAGAUCGACCCUGCUGCCCCUUUGGAUAAAGUCUGUCUCCUUGGCUGUGGGAUCUGCACAGGAUUUGGAGCAGCAGUCAAUAAUGCUCAGGUGGAACCGGACUCCACGUGCGCUGUGUUUGGCUUGGGAGCUGUGGGCUUGGCUGCAGUCAUGGGCUGCAAAUAUGCUGGCGCCAAGAGAAUUAUCGCCGUGGAUAUCAACGUAGACAAGUUUGACAAAGCCAAGGAGUUCGGAGCCACUGACUUUGUUAACCCAAAGGAUCACAACAAACCUAUCAGCCAAGUUCUAUCUGAGAUGACUAAUGGCGGAGUUGACUACUCCCUGGAAUGUGUGGGGAAUGUAAAACUCAUGCGUGCUGCCUUGGAGUCCUGCAUACAAGGCUGGGGAGUGAGCGUGAUUGUUGGCUGGACCGACAAGGAAGAAUUCUCUGCUCGUCCUGCUGACCUCAUAGGUGGACGCACAUGGAAGGGCUCCAUAUUUGGAGGCUUUAAGGGUAAGGAUGGCGUGGCUGAAAUGGUUGUAGCCUACAUGGACAAGAAAGUUAAACUGGAUGAGUUCAUUACUCACAACAUGCCUUUGGACCAUAUCAAUGAAGCCAUCGAACUGUUGAGGCAGGGCAAAAGCAUCCGGACAGUCCUGAGUGUUAAUCCACAAUAAAUUGAUUAUAUAGGUUUCAAUAAGUCCUAAAUAGUCAAUGUAUUUUUAAUUAAAUGAUACGUCAAGUCUUAAUACAUCACUUCAUGCUGAAUCAGCACACUCGAUCCAUAUGCAUUUAAUGAAUGUAAAUAAGGACUUUAUACAAAGCACACAACUCCAAAGGGAUUACUGUUUAUUUACAUUUUUGAAAUGGUCACAUGAUCUUAUCAUGCCAUAUAGUCUGUGUGAAGUAAAAUAAAUGAAAGAGGUCCGUGACUUUUUGGUGUUCUGUUUUUAUUUUGUACCAUAUGAGUCAGCUGGGAUAGUUUCCAGCACGCCCGCCACCAUAGUGAGGAUGAGCGGUGUGGAAAAUGAAUGAAUGAAUGCUUAUCGUUUUU